AUGGACCAGCUCUGCUCUCAGUGCAUCAACUUAGACCUUGCAAAGCUUCGCUCUGGAAGCGCCCAAGUGUCAAUUGGGCGCCUCCACGAGAUCGCGAGCCGAGCCGAGACAUGCAGCUUUUGCUUCUUGAUCAAGACUUGCGUUACCACUGGAGCCGCUCCGACAGCCUUCUCAGCUGAUGAGACGCACGCCGAAUGCUUCGUACAAUCCGACAACAGCUGGCCAGGUUACUGGGACGACCGAGAUCUUUGGAACGGGAAGAUUGAUGGCAUUACUCGGAACCGCGUCGGGGAUGAGCGGCCGCCUCGUUUUACGGGACAUGAUACACGCCAUCUGACCGUUCAUCUAAGGCCUGAAAUAAAGCUUGCGCCAUUUUCGUACAGGAGGGACAUCAUCAUAGUUGCUGAUACAGAAUUGCCUCGUUCGACUUGGCAGUUCCACGGCAGGCUGUUGAAGCAGGGACAAGUCGAUUUCCACCUCAUCCGCCAGUGGCAGCGCCUUUGCAAGAUCGUACACGGAAAGCGAUGCUCACAUCCAGAGUGGCUGCAAAUCGAAGAGCCUGUCGGCCUGCGGGUCAUCGACAUCGAGACCAGAGCGAUCGUCGCUGCGCCAGCCGGUUGCCAAUACAGUGCACUUAGCUAUGUCUGGGGCGAUCCUCGACAUCAAUUUUUGAUGCACGAAAACGACUUUCCUCAGAAGCCGAACGAUUCAUAUCUGCUGCCGGAGCUGCCCAGGACUCUGGAAGACGCUAUCCACGCCACUUCUGAGCUCGGGCUACGCUAUCUCUGGGUAGACUCCGUGUGCAUUGCCCAGAAACCAGCCGUCAACCAAGAUAAACGACAUCAGCUGCAGCAGAUUGAUCGCAUAUACAAAUGCGCAGAGAUCGUCAUCAUUGCUGCGGCUUGUCAAAGUGCCAGCGAUGGCAUUCACGGAGUUCGUUUACGACAAACUCAUUCAGUCACGAGUCGUUUUCAAGGAACGACCUUUGCCUUAGCUCAGCCCACAUAUAAAGAGGACACAGAGGACACGACUUGGAGCAGACGAGCUUGGACUUACCAAGAAUCCAUGUUGGCACGGCGAGCGUUGAUGUUCGGACCGAGUCAAGCCUAUUGGCUCUGUCAAUGCGAUAGCUGGCGCGAAAGCGUUGUCCUUGAGCCUACUGAGCCUGGCGAAGACGACUUCGUUCCACGGCUCUUGCCAGAUCUUUCCCAGCCCCCCUCAAGGUGCUUCCAGCUUUCAACCUAUGACCUUCAUGACUGGUUCAUCGAAAACGAUAGCAAUGCACUAUCUGCGUACAGAGACGUAGUGACCAGAUACACAUUUCGACGCAUGGCCUAUCCAAACGAUGGCGUCAAUGCGAUAAUGGGAGUGCUACAGUUGCUCCAGCAGUUUGACAAGUCUGGAUCCUUGAAAAUACACUUCGGGAUACCAGAGGCAUACUUUGAUGUGUGCUUACUUUGGACACCGCGUACCUUCUGCCAGCGGCCAAAGAUCUGGCUCGACAAUGAGAGGAUUCCUAGCUGGAGCUGGGCGGGAUGGUUCAGCAAUGUGGGUGUCGGGGUAGUGUGGGAUCUGGCAACGUCUGGAGUGAAUAAUGAUGUUAGUAACAUCAUUACCUCGGUCAGCUGGUAUCUCGUGGAUCAAAAGGGACAGUCGAUGCCAAUGCCAAAACACAAGAAACACCCUUCGAUAUGGAGGAGCACUGAAAGCAAGCCACCUUGCGGAAUCGAUCUUGGCCGGACGAACGAGCCACCACCGCGUAUCAAGCCCGAGAUCUUGCCUCGCGGUGGCGGAUGUCUCCAUUUCUUGACCACCACCUGCUGUCUACAUCUCGGAUUCGAGAUUGCAUGGGACGACCAUAGCUAUUUCGAGCCGCAGCCGGCCAAGGCGUACUCUCUCAUUACCGCUCUGGGUCAAUUUGCAGGUACCAUGAUCAUGUCCGAGGAGACGGCCAACACCUUGCAGGCUCCGCGAGUUGCCCUCGAGUGCAUCUUCCUGUCGUUCUCGAAUGAUUUUGACGAUGUUUUCUGGCCUGAGUCUGGUACGGCAGAUCCGCGCAGACGUCCUGUUGAGAUCGCGGAACAUAAUGCCAGAGAUAAGAGACGGGAUGACUGGGCGAUCUGCAACAUCAUGUGGGUUGAACGAGAUGGGAAUGGUGUUGCGGAGAGGAAAUUGAUCGGGAAAGUCAUUGAAGAGGUUUGGCUAUCUAUGCAACCGAAGACGGAAUGGAUACUUCUGGGCUGA